GAUUUAUUUUCUGAGCAAUAAAAAGAAGUAAAACAGUUCACUCGUUCUUAGUGCAACUAACCACCAAGCGAAAGUACAUAGUUGUUGAUCCUUCUUCCUUCUCCAUGUCCAUAGUUCCCAAAACAGAGAAAAACGACACCGCCAUCCCCGUCGUCGACCUCGACAGCGACGACGACGAAGGCACAUCCGCCACAAUGAGCGACAUUCAAUUACCAUUUCAACAAAACCCUCCGGAGUUAAUUUCACCUCCGCUGGUUUCUCAAAGCCAAAGUUUCUGGAAAGCCGGUGAUUACGUUGCUGGUCCUUCUUCAAAACCAUCUCCUUCUCAAGGUCAUUUGGAUCAUGCACGUGUUCAUCCUAAGUUUCUUCAUUCUAAUGCUACUUCUCAUAAAUGGGCUUUUGGAGCUAUUGCUGAGCUAGUGGAUAAUGCUGUUGAUGAGAUCCAAAAUGGUGCAACUUUUGUUAAGGUUGACAAGCUUGAGAACAUGAAGGAUAAUUCACCAGUGCUUUGUUUUCUAGAUGAUGGUGGGGGAAUGGAUCCUAACUCAUUACGGAAGUGCAUGAGCUUGGGUUAUUCUUCAAAGAAGUCGAAGACAACAAUUGGACAGUAUGGCAAUGGAUUCAAGACUAGUACUAUGAGACUGGGUGCUGAUGCUAUUGUUUUUAGCCGUUCUACACGUUCAGGUCGGGCAACACAAAGUGUGGGUCUACUAUCCUAUACCUUUUUGCGGAGAACCGGGCAAGAUGAUGUAAUCAUUCCAAUGAUAGAUUUUGACAUAUCUGGCCAUUGGGUUGAGCCAAUUGUUUAUGGCACACUAGACGAUUGGUCCGCGAACUUGAAAACAAUUCUUGACUGGUCUCCCUUCACAUCAAAGGAGGAGCUCAUGCUUCAGUUUGAUGAUAUAGGAUCACAUGGAACCAAGAUUUUAAUAUAUAAUUUGUGGUUGAAUGAUGAAGGAAUAUAUGAAUUGAGUUUUGAUGACGAUGCUGAGGAUAUCAUGCUCAGAGAUGAGGCCAAGAAUGGAAAUGGGAAGAAGUUGGACAAAAGAACUGUUCAGCUUCAGUCACAUAUUUUUUACCGCAUCCGUUAUUCUUUACGUGCAUAUGUAUCACUUUUGUAUCUCAGAAAAUUUUCAAAUUUCAAAAUCAUACUAAGGGGAAAACCUGUUGACCAUUUUGACAUUAAUGAUGAGUUAAUACAUUCAGAAGUUGUUAGAUACAAGCCCCAGAUGGCUGUGAUGAACGAGGCUACGGUGGAAACGACCGUUGGGUUUAUAAAGGAAGCUCCUCGUCUUAAUGUUGCUGGAUUUAAUGUAUACCACAAAAAUCGCCUAAUCAAGCCAUUUUGGAAAGUACACGCAGACGGCUCAUCUAAAGGGAAUUAUGUUGUUGGAGUUCUCGAAGCCAAUUUUAUAGAACCUGCACAUGACAAGCAAGAUUUUGAGAGAUCACUGCUGUUCAUACGGCUGGAAGGGAAGCUGAAACAAAUAGUAUAUGAUUACUGGAAGGAUCACUGUCACUUAGUUGGAUUUCAGCCUACAAAUUUCAGAUCACAAAUUGGGCAAAAGGAAGCCCGCAUUCGUCAAUCAGCAGGGCAUUUAACUAAUUCACGGAAUGAGAUUCUUGCUGAUCCACAUGAUAUUUGCGUAGCAGCUGAGCAUCAACAAAUUGUGAACUUACAUCAGCCAAAUGAGGGCCUUCGUGCAACUGGCAAGCAAUGUUUGACUCAUGAGCAGGGUCAGGGUACAUCGAGUGGAGCUUCACCGUCCGUAUCUAUUGAUGCCAUCUGUGAUGAAAACAUCAAACUUUUCACCAGGUGUGAGGAAUACAGGCAAAAAGAGACGGAGUUGAGAAAGACGGUUAAACACUUGGAGGAGGAGUUGAAAGAAUACCAAUCCAAGUGUGCAUUUGUUUCUUCACAGAUAGAGGCCAAGAGGAAGCAGAAUAAUGCACGUUGAUUAUAAUUUCCUGAUUAUCCUUCCAAGUAAUGUGCGCCUUUGGGCUCUGGCUAUAACAAAUCUGGCUUGAUUAUGAAGAAACAAAUUUGCUUCUAAAGCACUUUGCAUUCUUAUGUAAUUUAGCAUAUGUUUUUUUGUGUCUACAAUCCAUAGACGCAGGUUGUGACAGGUUAAAUGUAACUUGACUGUGCAGUAGUAACAUUUGUUAGAUUUUCAUGAGAAAUCAAUUCUCUGUUUGAUCGUUGGUUGCCAGUACAUCUUUCCCGGUUGCCCUUUUCUCUUGUUAUUACUUUUUUAGAAUUUGAUUUUGCUGAAAA